GUGGUGGUAGCUGCCAUCAUCUACAGACACCCAAGGCUUAAUCCGGCCAAAUUUGGCGUAAUCUCCGCUAAAUCGAGUACUUAUUACAGCAAAGUUCCCUACUUAUUACAUACGGCUACGAGGAACUAAGAAACCAGUUCAGUUCGGCAUGUGCACCACCAGUCCACCACCAAGUAAUACUGUAAUACACACACCAAGAAGGCCUCUAUCAAUGACGAUUUAGGGUUUGUUUUGAGCAGAGAAGGGGAAAACGAUGAAAGCUUCUCUCAAAUUUCGAGAGGAUCAAAAGCCCCUUUUCAGGGCAAAAGUUCCUCUUUGUAUAUUGGGGCUCCCUUUCCAGUCGGGCAUCUCGGCCGGCGACUCCAAGGAGCUGUGCUUGAAUCUCGGUACUCUCUUCGAAUCAGGCCCGUCGCUGAGAAUCGCCUAUCGUCCCAACGAUUCAUGGAACCCGUUCAGCCUCGUCCUGAAGACCGGAAUAGGAAACUUCGGAUCCCCGUUCUCCGCCCCCAUGACGAUGAGUGCUGAGUUCAAUCUCCUUCGCCGUGGUAACCCUAGUUUCUUCAUCCAGUUCAAGCCUCAAUUCGGCGAUUUCUCCAUCAAGAAAUGCACCAGUUCGCCGAUCGUCUUGUCGCAGUCGUCCGUGUUCGCCCCCAAAGUCAAUCCGAAAGGAAAGGAUAUCGACUCGGAAGCAGAAGAGUCUGUUGACGACGGAGAAACUCCGUCAGCGAACGGCGUAUACAGGCCUGAAAGCGUAUCCUUUUUCGCCGAGAAGGUUAGCGGUUUCUCGCCAGAGGCUCAUGAUUCCGCCAACGCGAUUGACGGCCUGUUUUCAGGAGUGGAGGUUUGCGCGAGAACCAUCCUGCCGGUGAGAAACCAUGCUAUUCUGAAAUUCCGGUGGGGCCUCAAGUUUCCGCCGGAGCUCAAGGCUGCUUUCAAGGAGGACGGGAUCACACGUUCAACGGCUCAGAUAUCGCUGCGCAAGAUUCCGUUGAUGGUGAUGAGAAAAAUCUCUGUCGAACACGUGGCAGAAGAAGAUUUAAAAGAUAUUCCGAAGAAGGUCCCAGCUUCUUUGUUCUCCUCCGGGAAUGUUGACGAAGCGGAGGCGUGCUUCUCGGUCAAGCAUCAGCUCGAGAUGAUGCAAGCGGAGAACGGCUUGUUGAGAAAGGCAAUCGAGGACCUCCGGACGGAAGCCGGCGCCGGGAAGCGAGCCCCACUAAUCGGAAAUCAGGAUUCGGGUAAGUACAGAGACAUGGGAAGAAAUGGUGGAAGGAACGAUCGACGGGGGAACGGAGAUAGGAAGUCGUCGGAAUUCGUCGGCGGGAACGGGACGGAGGGGGAUGUAAGUGAGGAGCUAAAGAAGGCACUGAUGGAGUGAUGGGGGCCAGCGGUGGUGUAAUCUGAGUAUCUGACUGUGACAUCAGUAGCUGAGCAUUCUCCACCGUUGGAUUUGAAUUGAUAGGCAGAUGAUCAGAUGCAAGAUAGUCUUAUGGGUUAGGCUGUAUAAUGUGAUUAUGUGAGCUUAGCUUUGUUUGCAGAGUUGUAUAUAAUAUUCUUUUCCUUUUUUUUUCUGAAAAUUUGUCUGAUUCUGUGGCUAUCGAAUUUGAAAGAUGGGGGCAGGAAGAAAAUACGGGCGGGCAUUGGUGUAUAGAGAGGGGGUUUUUCACAUUUUGAAUGUUUAUAGA